AUGCAACCGCGGUCCCUCGACUUACUAAGUAGCCCAGGCACGGGGAACUUGUUUGCUGUUUUUCUAACAAAUUUUAUUAAAACAGGUGGUAUGGAGGGCGCGGCGACGCCAGAGACGGGGCGUCGAACCCGAGCCGCCCUCGCCGAAAUACCGACGCGUCUCGACCGCCUCCGCGUCACACCACUGCAGCCAGUUACCAACAUACGCGAGCUCUCGCCUGCACUACCUCCUAGCUACCUAAGCCCGGCGCCCUCCCCCGACGAAUUGUGUAUUCAGCAACGAGGUCGGAAGCGUCUUCCGUCAACAUGGUCUCCCGAUAUAGAACUGAAGCGAAACUCUUCAUUCCAUUCUACUGUCCGCACCCCAACCAAAAACCCGCCCGGCCGCAUUUCGCCACCCAAAUUAGGCGUUACCCUUCGAUCAACACCGAGGAAACGACUUGUUCUAGGCGAAACUGAACGUAUUCCAUUCACGCCAGAGAAAAUCGAUUUCAGCGACCUCAGUACACCCCAAAAGUUCAAACUGACUAGCCCAAUUAAGGGAUCACCUCCAGUUAAAAGAUUCAGAUUGGACAGAACCGUAGAAGAGUACAAAGGUCCUAUAGAUGUUGCACUUAAAGGUCUCAGUCCAACUCAACUUGUGAACAUGAUCAAACACAUUACCUACAAACAUCCGGAGAUAGAACAAGAGAUAAGAAGAGAAAUGCCAGCACCCGAUCUUGCGCCAUUAGAAGAAAAACUAAGUUAUCUGAAAUCAAACAUCUUCAAGAGUCUGCCAACGUCGAGGCUUACUUCGAAAACGGAUUCACCUGCUUUCUCGCGAGCGUCAACACAUUUGGCCGCCUUUAAGAAGUGUUUGAUCGAGCAAGGGAAGGUGUUAGUCGAGUCCCAGCAGUGGGAAUCCGUUGUGAAAUAUGUUUUUCUUGCAUGGAGCUAUGUGAGGGCGACCCCAGUAUGGGAUAACCAACCACAUAACGUACAGAGGAAGCUAUGUUUCAAAGCACUGACUACUUUCUGCAUGACUUCCCUUAAGAAGGGGGCACUUUCCAAGGAUACCCUGAUUGAUGUACAAGACAAACUGCAGGGCAUGGUGGCGGAUUGCGAAGAGGUCCAAUCGUGCAUAAAACUUAUUCAAGGACGGCUACAGGAUUUCUUG